AUGUCGGAAGAGCCUAUAAAAGUAGUUAAUUUCGAUGGUUUUAUCAGCCAUGUUAGUGAUUCCGGUGAAGAUUCGGAAGUUAUUAUUUAUGUGGCGCACGUUGUUAGCGAUGAUUCCAGAAUGCGAGGUGGAAGUGAAAUGGGGGCAACGCAGGAUUCGUUUGUCUGUGGAAAUCAUGUCAACAACAGCGACGAUGAUUAUGGUAUAUUCACAAUUCGUGUUGGGAAGUGUGUGGAACGUGUUGCUGUAAAAGAUAUUUCAGAAAACGGAAGAUUGGCAAAGGUUCGUUUAAUUGAUAAGGGAAUCGACGUUGAGGUGGAACGAAAUGCGUUAUUUCCAUCGAAUUCGCGAGCAAAAAUUGACAAUGAUUGUAUGUGUCCCAUUUUGGUUGUUGACGCUGGUGAAGAGCAGAGAGAAGUCGCAGCACAAAUUAGUGGACGUGAAUGCCGCUGCAUUAACGGUAAUUUGGUCGUAAUCCCAUCUGUGGGACUUUGUGUUAAAGGUCGAUUACUGAUUUCUUAUGGCAAUGGUGGAUAUGCGGAAUUAAAAGAUAUUAGUCUGGCACCAACAGAAGGAGAAGAAUAUUCAAAAUUUGUAACGGAUGAUAUGCCACAGUCGAAUGCCAACAUGUCAUCACUGUCAAAGCAUGCAAGACCUUUUCGUUACCGCCGUAAUUCGAUUACACGCCGCAAAAAUUAUGGUAAUGAUGGAAGAUAUGAACGAGAAGAGUACAGUGGCGUGAUGGAUGUGUAUGAAAACGAAACAUACAAUUUCGCUGAAAGCCGUUUUACAAAUCAUUGGAACAAUAAUCGAUUAUUGGAAACAAUGUUUCUUUUAAUCGAAGGAAUUACAGCGAAAGCUUUCUUGCUAAUUAUGAUCACGGUACCAUACAAGCAAAGUUUCUUUAAAGAAUAUGUGCCACAUGUUUAUCCCCGUACAAUUCGAAUUCGUUUUGAUAAGAUUGAUUCGUCGUCCGUUGACACCUUUUGGGCUUUCGAACCAAGCAUUUUUACAACUGUCGAAAGAGUUCUUCAUGAAGGACGACAGCGUUACAUUGCUUGCCCGCAAUUUGAUCUGUCGUUGAUUCAUGAAUUAAGCGGAAUGGGUUGCUUGGUGAGAGCGAGUGUUGACAGCGCUUAUCGCUCUUUGUAUCGUGCUGAAAUCAUCAAAUUCUCAAAUAACAUACAUAAAUUUUCUGUGUACUUGGUUGACUAUGGUUUUUACAAAUGGAUCAAGUACAAUGAUGUAUUUGAUAUCUCAGUGAUUAGCAAGAGAGAUAAAAUCCUAUAUUUACCGGUAGCUUUGCUUCACUGUCGGCUUGAGAAAUGUGGAAAUGGAAAUGGAAUUCGCUUGCAGCAAUUGGAAAAAGGUAGCGAAUACGAAAUUACUAUCAAAUCACGGGAUUCAGAGGGCAUUUUCAAUGUCAAUAUUAAUGAAAUCGAUAAUAAUGGAGCAGCAUUGACGAACAUUUGUGAUUCAGUUGUGCCUUUUAAUCCUGAUAGAGACAACAAUUUGCUUACUCCAUCGUGUUCCUGUUCUUCAUUACAAUUUAUUCACGAUGUAUUUAUGAGAGCUUUCCAAAGAAAUAUGAGCAGUAAUGAAGCGGCGUAUGGAAGUUUCCUGAUGAGCACAAUGAUGGCAAGCAGUAUGACUUUCAAUAACUGGCCAAGCAUGUUUGGAUUUGGUAUUCCAUAUCCUAUGAUUAUGCCUAUAAUGGUGCCGGUGAUGCCUGAUUUCGGUAAUAUAACCAACGGAAGUCAUGAAAGUCGAAUUUGUGCCCAGUAUGAACAAAGUAACGACACCAUGAAGGAGAAUCGCGACAAUUUUGACGAAUACAAUGAUUCGCGAGCUAUAAAUGCUUUUGAUAAUGGAAAUAAUCAUUGUUGGGGUAGACGAGGCGAAAGAAAUGGUGCAUUCAGAGGUCGUCGACCUCGAAAAUACAUUCAUAUUAAUGCUGCCGGCUCAGAUGAAGUCUAUUCAUGCCAUUAUUUCUCAUCACAAUGUUUGCUUCAGGAGAAUAUUCAGGAGAAUACGAGAGAAGAAUCUAUCGUUUGUGCAGAGAGCAGCGAAUGGGACUUGCCACCGCUACGAAAUCAGCGUACAAAUCGACUGACUGGUUUUUACGGAAACAACACAUCACUGGACUGA